GCCAUGUGGGAGGAGGCACCAUCGCGCUUCGGCGAGUCUUGCUGAAUUUGGACCGAAUGUUGUGAAUCCUCGACGCGGGACGCCCCUCAUCACGACUUUAGUGGACGAAAACAUCAUUCGUGCAAUCUUCGUGUCCGGUUGGAGUCGUCUCGUGCACGUGGAAGCUUCUCGGCCGAGUUUAGCUUAGCUUAUUUUAACUUGCUAACAAAGAGACACAUUUCUGAUCAACAAUUCGCUAAGCAGAGAUCAAGCCUCAGAGCGGAAAGUGUUGGGAUCGUCGUGUGAAAAUGUGUGCAAGAACUACAGCAGAGUACGAGGAGGAACUUUGGGGCCCGAAAGAGGAGAAAGCGCCACAACGUCAACUACUGGACGUUGUGUUCAAUCUGCAACCUCAAAGUGUGCGACGCAGAGCAGACAUCACUGAAGAUCUCCGUACUGAGCAGCAGGAGCCAGUGCCCCCUCACAUUAAAGAGGAAGUGGAGGGCGAAGAGGUCCACCACGUCGAAGAGGAGCCCAUUUCAAUUAAAACAGAGGAGGAAGAACUGCGCCCCAACAUCAGACAGGAAGAGGAGGAGGAUAUCACCAAAUUUCCAUCGACUGGUGUCCCUUUGAAGUGUGAAGAUGCAGGUCAAAGUGAGGAGAGCAGAGGGGCGGGGCCUCCAAACAGCAGCUCAACUCAACACAUGACAACAGAAGGUGAUGAAGACCACUGUGGAGGAUCACAAGCAGACGGCCUCCUAGCUCCACUAUCAGAUAGUGACGAGAUGAUGUCUCACUCUACUCACACUGAUGAUGAUGGACAGUCUGAAGUUGUUGAUAUGACAUUUCAGACUGACAACAAACGAUGGAAAUGUUCUCAGUGUGGGAUAACAUUUGCUGAUAAGAGUAGUUUGAAAAAACACAUGAGAACACACACUGGUGAGAAACCUUUUUCGUGCUCAGUUUGUGGUCAAAGAUUCUCUCAGACGGGACACUUAAAAGUACACACAAGAACCCACACUGGUGAGAAACCUUUUUCCUGCUCAGUUUGUGGUCAAAGAUUCUCUGUGAAGGAAAGCUUAAAACGACACACAAGAAUGCACACUGGUGAGAAACCUUUUUCCUGCUCAGUUUGUGGUCAAAGAUUCUCUCGGAAGGGACACUUAAAAGUACACACAAGAACACACACUGGUGAGAAACCUUUUUCCUGCUCAGUUUGUGGUCAAAAAUUCUCUGUGAAGGGAAGCUUAAACAUACACACAAGAACGCACACUGGUGAGAAACCUUUUUCCUGCUCAGUCUGUGCUCAAAGUUUCUCUGUGAAGGGACACUUAAAUUUACACGCAAGUACACACACAGGUGAGAAACCUUUUUCCUGCUCAAUUUGUGGUCGAAGAUUCUCUCUGAAGGGAAGCUUCAAAAUGCACACAAGAAUGCACACUGGUGAGAAACCUUUUUCCUGCUCAGUCUGUGGUCAAAGAUUCUCUCUGAAGGGACACUUAAAUGUACACACAAGAACACACACUGGUGAGAAACCCUUUUCCUGCUCAGUUUGCGGUCAAAGAUUCUCUCAGAUGGGACACUUAAAAGUACACACAAGAACACACACUGGUGAGAAACCAUUUUCCUGCUCAGUCUGUGGUCAAAGAUUCUCUGUGAAGGCAAAUUUAAAAUUACACACAAGAACACACACUGGUGAGAAACCGUUUUCUUGCUCAGUUUGUGGUCAGAGAUUCUCUGAAAAGGGAAAUUUAAAAAUACACACAAGAGCACACUGGUGAGAAAGCUUUUUCCUGCUCAGUUUGUGGUCAGAGAUUCUAUUAUAAGUAUCAGGUUAAGACACACAAGUGUGCUGGUGAGAGUAGCAGUGCUCUAGAAGCAUUUAAUGAAUAUGUGAAUGUUAACUCUAAUAGGUAAUUACUAUGUUACUGACUUACAAAAAUCUACAUUCUUGUAUUCUGUGUACCAGCUUUUAUUGUAUCUAUCUUGUUGUCCAUAUAUUUUCUAAGAACCCUGCAAGUGGUAAGAAUUAACAUUGGUGCCAAAAUACUUAAAAGGGACUCGUUAAUGGACUGAACAUAGACACUUAUUCCAUAAUUCUGGACUCAUAAAUUAUGUCUGCAGAAAAAAAAGCCCUCCAAUAUGCACUCAGUUGUCAUUUUACAAUAAUUUACUGAUGAAAUACUUGAUUGUCAGCCAGAUUUUGGCCCGCUUACAUUUUGGACAUGUCAGCCUGUCACAUCCUGACACAUAACGAGCAGGAGCCAAUUACAUUUCCUCAUUGAACUUCUGUUUUCCAGGGUGUUUUUUUUCCCAUAUCAAAAGCAUGGGUGUAUUUUUUUUUUGUUGUUGUUGUUGAUAAUUUUGAGUGAAAAUAGAGAGUGAAAUAUGUUUCUUAAGCUUGUUGUUUAAAUAAAUCGACAGUGAAAUGCCUGCUUGAGAAAGGAAGACAGCCACGUGAACUAAUUCUUUUCAGAUUCAUUUCCUCAUGCGCCAGUUCAAUUUUGAAUUGAUUGCACCACAAUUGUGUAGCAUAUGCGUGUAUGUAUAGAUGAAAUGUAUGUAUAGAUCACAAAGACGUUUCUGGAGGUGGCAUUGUGCGACAGACGUGGACUUUGACUGGCUGUCAUAGCAUCGGAUGAUAUACAAGUGUAGCAAAUAGAGGAGGUCCACAUGUUUCAUUCUAGCAGCUUUAGCCUCCUUCGGAUAUUUGUUUUUCCACCAUCGCUUUCAGUGCCUAAAUACAAGAUGAAAAUCAAAGCAAUAAAUACAAUUCACAAGCAAUAGUAGAACCACUUGUACUCGAUAUACAACCCCAAUUCUAAUGAAGUUGGAAUGUUGUGUUAAACAAAUAAAAACAGAAUGCAAUGAUUUACCAAUCAUGUUCAACCUAUGUUUAAUUGAAUACACGACAAAGACAAGAUAUUUCAUGUUCAAACUGAUAAACUUUUUUGUUUUUUAGCAAAAAAGUUUUUCUUUAAUAAAAUACACUUCUUAAAA